UAGAUAAAGUCAUACGACCGAGGAGGACUCUCAUCAGCACCAUCUCUCGGAAUCCAUUCCCAGCUAAACGGAUUCUGCGGAAUAUUUGUUUUUACCUUGUGGACGACACACACACAGCCCAAACAGCGAUGGAUACCUCUGGAAAAGAGAAGGAGGCCAUGCAGCUGAUGGCCGAAGCAGACAAGAAGGUCAAGUCCUCCGGCUCGUUCUUGGGAGGGAUGUUCGGGGGAAGUCACCACAAAGUAGAAGAUGCAUGUGAGAUGUACGCCAGAGCAGCCAACAUGUUCAAGAUGGCCAAGAACUGGACCGCUGCUGGUAAUGCGUUCUGUCAGGGGGCCCGGCUCCACAUGCAGCUGCAGAAUAAACUGGACUCAGCCACCAGCUUCGUCGACGCAGGGAACGCUUACAAGAAGGCUGAUCCUCAGGAGGCUAUCAACUGUAUAAAUGCAGCCAUCGAUAUUUACACUGACAUGGGUAGGUUUACUAUCGCAGCCAAACAUCACAUCACCAUCGCAGAGGUGUACGAGUCUGAGCUGGUGGACAUAGAGAAGGCAAUCGCCCACUAUGAGCAGGCAGCCGAUUAUUAUAAAGGGGAGGAGUCCAACAGUUCUGCUAACAAGUGUCUGCUGAAAGUGGGCCACUACAGCGCUCAGCUGGAGCAGUAUCCGAAAGCCAUUGAGAUCUACGAGCAGGUGGCCACCAAUACUAUGGACAACCCCCUGCUGAAGUAUAAUGCCAAAGAGUACUUCUUUAAAGCCUCCCUCUGUCACUUCAUUGUGGACGAACUCAACGCAAAGCUGGCCAUAGAGAAGUAUGAGGAGAUGUUUCCUGCUUUCGCAGACUCCAGAGAGUGCAAGCUGCUGAAGAAGUUGCUGGAUGCCCAUGAGGAGCAGAACUGUGAGGCGUUUACUGAAGCUGUUAAAGAGUUUGACUCCAUCUCUCGUCUGGACCAAUGGCUCACCACCAUGCUGCUCCGUAUCAAGAAGACCAUCCAGGGAGAUGCUGGAGAUCUCAAAUAAAGAGAAAAGAGGGGUGGGUUGGGGGGAGGGAUACAGGAGUGAGGGAUAGAGAAAGAUAUGGGUAGGGAGAGAGGAUGGAGAGAUGAAAGGGAUGGAGGAGACAUAUAGGGUUAGGUCAGUGGUGUGAAGGGAGGCAGGUCUUUAUGUGUUUGAUGUGUUCAGUGUAAAGAACUCCAUGACUCUGUAGUUCAUCGUGUCUUACCAUAUCUCCCCUCAGACUCACACACUAUCAAAAACCUUAGCUGUUUCAACUUUAGUAGGAGUUACCCAGGAGUUGAAAAACCAGUUGACAAAUUAUUAGAUACAUAAUAGUAUAAAUGUUUAUACAACUUGAUCUUUUAGUUAAGUAGGGUACUCUUACACUCAUGUUUUUAAUGUGAAUCAGUACACUUUUUUUUUUUACAGUGUAUGACACACUUAACCUUCCUAACGUCUCCACUCAAUAUCUUCCCUUGAUUGGACCCUGUACAGGUUCAUGUUUUAACGUGUAGGGCUAUACAGAUAGUGUAUGUAAAGAUUGUGUGUGUGUGUGUGUGUGUGUGUGUGCGUUCAAUGUAUCACAUUGAAGCCAAUAUAUCUGUGCCAGUGCUUGUUGUAGUUGUGUGUGUAUGUAUAUGUUUGUGUGUGUACGCAUGUGUGUGAGCGAGAGAGAGAGAAACCAAAGGGAAUGAACACUUGUUCUGUGGGUCAUAUAACGGUGUGUUAAUAGUUCUUGUCAAAUCGGAGUCCUCUGUUAUAAAAGUGUUUCUAUUGAUUAUUCUCCUAUGAAAAUAUGUAUAUAUGUUUGAACCCUUUACUUUCCUCUCCUCUUGCCCCUCCCUCAUAUCACAACACUACUCCCUACACCCUUCUCCCCUCACCCCUAGACAAUCCUCCUAGCCCCUACACACUUCCCUUAACCCCUGGACCCUUAUGCACUACCCCGUAGACAUGUCCCCUAGCCCGCUAGACACUAGUGAUCUGAAAGAAAUUGGAUAGGUAUAAGCACACAUUCAAUUCUAUCAGAUCGACACAGGUGUUAGGAGUCAGAGGUUAGGGGAAGUGACUGUGUUGUAGUGUGUUGCUGUGUUGUGCUUUUGUGCUGUGUGUGUAUUCCUCUCAGCAUGUUGCCAUAGUAAUGAUGUGUGUGUUCAGUGUUAUUGUCAAAAAAGGUUAACUCAAUGUAUCACUAUGUUCAUUAUCGCGUGCAUAAUGUACAAAAAAAUAAAACUUCAACAAACUUGCA